CGGUGCUCCAGGAGCCGUUUAGCUAAAAGGCAAAAACUCAGCUGCUGCCGCGUCAACGAUCUGCAUUUUUUCCCUCCUUGGAGACCUUUUUGCUUGGCUCGAAGGCUUGGUAAAGAUGCUGCUGUUCAGAACUAGCAGGAGUGGAUUCUGCACGCUUCAGAAAACUUACUGGCUGAGAACCUCCCCUGCAGUCUGCCUGCCUUGGUCACCCUACUGCUCCCAAGGCCCACGGAACCGUGCUGGCAGCACUAGGCGCAGGUUUAUGGUCGCAGCUGGUACUGUCCUGGGAAUGGGCACCAUCUUGGCCUAUGGAGACCACCGCCAACAGGCCACUGAGGUUGACGCCCCAGAGUCCACGCCUGGCCCACCAUUUCCAGUCUUCACCCGGCAGGAAGUGGCUCGCCACCAUAGCGAGGCAGACCGAGUGUGGGUGACCUACGGCAGCGACGUGUUCGAUGUCACAGAUUUCUUAGAGUUGCAUCCUGGAGGGAAAAGCAAGAUUCUCCUGGCGGCAGGAGGUGCUUUGGAACCGUUUUGGGCCCUCUACGCCAUGCAUAAACAAGAACAUGUUCUGGAGCUUCUUCAGGGUUACAAAGUGGGGGAGCUGAGCCCAGAGGAACCUCCCCAGCCGACUCCAGGAGAUCCAUACGCUGAGGAUCCUCCACGACAUCCGGCCCUUAAGAUCAACACUUUGAAGCCCUUCAAUGCAGAGCCCCCGUCAGAGCUGCUCACUGAGAACUAUCUGACUCCCAGCCAGCUCUUCUUCAAACGCAACCACCUUCCUGUUCCAGUUGUGGACCCUGCUACCUACCGGUUGCACGUACGGGAUGCCCGUGGCCGGACGCUGUCUCUUUCUCUCCGAGACUUGAAAAGAAAUUUCCCCAAGCACAAGGUGACCGCCACGGUGCAGUGUGCUGGCAAUCGCCGUGCAGAGAUGAACGCUAUUCAGAACACCAACCGGCUAGGUUGGGGCAUCGGGGCGAUUAGCACAGCAUGCUGGGGUGGCGCCCGCCUUCGGGAUGUCCUGGUGCACGCUGGAUAUAAGCCGAGUGAUGAAGGCCAUGUCAGCUUUGAAGGUCUGGACAAAGAACCGAACGGCACCGUUUAUGGUGCCUCCAUCCCUUUUAAGAAAGCCAUGGACCCCGAAGGGGAUGUUCUCCUGGCUUAUGAGAUGAAUGGGGAGGAGCUGCCUCGGGACCACGGCUUCCCUCUGCGAGUAGUCGUGCCAGGUAUAGUGGGUGCUCGAAAUGUCAAGUGGUUGGCCCAAAUUUCAGUGGGUCCGGAGGAGAGCAAAAGUCACUGGCAGCAGAAGGAUUAUAAGGGAUUCUCUCCUGCUGUGACAUGGGACACGGUGGACUUUUCCAAGGCCCCUGCCAUCCAAGAGUUGCCAGUCCAGUCAGCCAUCACAGAACCCUGCCCGAAUGCCUCCAUCACCCCUGGAGAACUCACAGUGAAAGGUUAUGCUUGGAGCGGAGGUGGGCAAAGCAUCGUCCGUGUGGAUGUGUCGCUGGACGGAGGAAAGAGCUGGCAUGUGGCAAAGCUCGCUGGAGAGGAGCAGGCGCCUGGCCGAGCCUGGGCGUGGAAGCUGUGGCAGCUGGAGGCAAUUGUGCCCCCCGGUACCAAGGAGCUAAAUAUUGUCUGCAAGGCUGUCGACAGCAACUACAACCAGCAGCCAGACAAAGUGGGACCCAUCUGGAACAUUUUGGGAGUGCUAAACAAUGCAUGGCAUCAGGUGUCUGUCUCUGUUGGGGAGGACUAAGGGGAACUUCUGUGGAUUGUUUUCCUUCUGCCAUCAAAGUCCCCUUAAACUCCAGAUGUUCAUGGACUGCACUUCCCAUCAGCCCCACUUGGCCAUUCCAGCAGAAAGUUCUGACGGGAAUUGUAGUCCAUGGACAUCUAAAGUGCCAGAGUUGGACACCAGAGUUAGACACCUCUGCCUCAAACAGUCCCAGAGUGUAAGUGAAGAUCUUCACUGGGGUCUUAUGAUCCCAGAGCCUCCUUUCUUGCAAAGCUUGUCACAGCUUGUCACAGCAGAAAUUCCCUGUCUUUAAACUGCUUCCAAGGGUGUAUGGCUGGUUCAUGGGAAAGAUCAUCUUCCUACUCAACAGCAAAAUGUAGCUCCAGUUUUCUUGGAGACUUGAGACUGGCUCAUUUUUCACAACUUCAAGAAGUCUUUCAAAUAGUUUAUUGCACAGGUGUCAAACUCGCUGGCAGGAGAUGAUGGGAACUGUAGUCCAUAACAUCUGGAGGGCCGCGAGUUUGACACCUGUGGCUAUUGGAACUGCUUGUUGGACAUACUUUUAGUUUAGAGUUUGGUUUGGUUUUGCACUGGGUUUUUCGGUCUGUCUUGCUGUCUGGCCACAUCGUGAGCCUGCUAAAAAUAUGAAUGUUAAUUUCCUCUUAACAUUGACAAGUUUCUCUCUGUCCACACCAACCUAAAUCCAACUUAAUCCAACAGAAAUCCGUGGGCUCAGACUGAGGUAACUGCAUGGAGGUAAAGGAGAAUUUAUACAGUUUCUCCACUACAGUUCUAGAAUAAAAUUCUCCCUUAUAGGGAGGAUUAUACGCACACCUUGCUCGACACAGAACUUUAGCGAUAUGUAUCUCAACUUUUCUUAGGCAUUUGAGACUUCACAACUUCAAGAAGCCUUUCCAGUAGUUUAUUGGAACAGUUUGUUGGAUGAACUUUUAAUGUAGGCUUUUGUGUUGGUUUUACAUUGGGUUUUUCAAGCUGUGUUGUCACAUCGUGAGGCUGCUAAAAAUAUGAAUGUUAAUUUCCCCGUGACAUCACAAAAGGGGUUGAGAACUCCAAGCCCUUCUAAAUUCUCCCUUACCCCCACACUAAUCUUAUACAGAGUUACCAUAGUCUAAACCCACUGAUUUCUGUUGGAUUGGGUUGGAUUUAAUUGAGUAGGAUUGUCCUGCAAGUCUGACUGGUGUCUCAAUAUUCUCCUGUUCCAGUAGAGGGAAGACUCUCUUAUUAUCUCUGUCCUGUGUCCUUUGGGGAAUCCUUCAACUGCCUUUUAGAGCCCGCGGUGCCUUGAAAGAGCACAGUUCCUUGGUUGUCCACAGAACCUCUUGCUCUUUCUUGGACCUAUUUCUGCUUUCCUGUGGUUACUGUUGUCGGUUUUGGUCAUCCCCAUUGCUCAGCACCCAUGCUGGCCAGAUGCAAAAGGUGGAACCCCUUUUAAUGACAGAGUUUGGCAGCAGUGUUCAAAGAUACAGGAUAUCCGUUCCAGCCUUUGCAUACAGAACAGUGGUGGCGUUCUGCUCUUCAGAAAUGCUGCUCUAGAGGAAAUAUAUUGGAUGGGUUCAAUUGUCAGGGCUUCAAAUGCUCUUGAGAGCAGCUUCUAAGCUUGUGUAGAUUCUGCUCCAGGACACCAAGGCAUAAAGGCAGGAGGCUGGCGAUGGAGGGAUGCGUUCUGCUUUGGUUCCCUCAAACUUUCUCCCCCAAACUCAGGUUGCUGCUCGUGGCCACCUGGGGAGCUCAGAUUUCCUUUCCAAACUGCUGGGAUCUGCUUUGCCUUGAGCUCUCAGCUUUCUUAGUGCCUGCCUGCUCCCGACCCUUUCAGUCAUGCACUCGCUUUCUCCAGUUGCAAGGAUUUGCUUUUUGUCUCGUUUGCGUGCAGCUUUCCCCUCUUCUCAAAGCACCGUAAUUACAUCACUUCCACUUUGCAACCUGUUCCUCUUCCAGGUGGCACCAACAAUGCACACAAGAUUUCUUUUUCACUCUAGACCAGUGGUGGCGAAGCUUUGGCACUCCAGAUGUUAUGGACUACAAUU